AUGAAGCUGUUGAUCAUGGCAGCUGCCUCUCUGGCAGUGGUGAGCUGUGCCAGCCUCUCUCUGGAGGACCUGGAGUUCCACGCAUGGAAACUCAAGUUUGAAAAAUCGUACAACUCCUUUGAGGAGGAGCUCCAGCGUAAACUCGUCUGGCUCUCCACCCGCCGCAGUGUUCUGACCCACAACAUCCUGGCUGACCAGGGCAUCAAGACCUACCGCAUGGGCAUGAACCAGUUCUCCGACAUGAACAACCAAGAAUACAAUCAGGCCGUCCUCUUGUCUCACUUCAAUCGCUCCAAUGCCGAUGCCAAUGCCAAUGCCAAUGCCAAUGCCAAUGCCAAUGCCAAUGCUCAAGCCUCAUCCCAGAAAGUGGCGUCUGCCUCCAAAAAGCAAGGGGGCGAUGCUGAGCUGCCUGACUCAGUGGACUGGAGGCAGAAGGGCUGUGUGAUGAGGGUGAAAGACCAGCACCAGUGUGGAUCCUGUUGGGCUUUUGCUGCAAUUGCUGUGUUGGAGUCCCACACCUGUAUUGAGCACGGCUACCUGCCCUCCCUGAGCGAGCAGCAGCUGCUGGACUGCUCCCGUUCCUAUGGGAACCACGGAUGCCACGGAGGUUGGGAGACGGCAGCUUUCCAGUAUGUCAGCGAUAACGGGGGAAUAGACACGGACGAGGCCUACCCGUAUGAGGCAAAGGAUGGAAUCUGCCGCUUCAAGCGGUCUGGCGUUGGCGCCCUCUGCCAUGGGCAUGUGGAACUGCCGUUUGGAGACGAGGAGACUUUGAAGGAGACGGUGGCGUUUGUGGGUCCUGUGGCUGUGGCAAUUGACGCCGGACAGUCUUCCUUCCAGCACUACGUGUCUGGUGUCCACUUUGACCCUUACUGCAGCAAGACGAUAACCAACCACGUUGUGCUGGUGGUGGGUUAUGGAACUGAAGACGGCCAAGACUACUGGCUGGUGAAGAACAGCUGGGGUGGCCACUGGGGAGAUGAAGGCUACAUCAAGUUAUCCAGGAACCAGAACAACCAGUGUGGCGUCGCCUCCUAUGCAACUUACCCGCAAGUCUGAAGAGCAACCCAUGCAUGAGACAGGAGGAGUUACUGUACAUCACACCAGGAUGAGACUUUCAUCACAUAGUCUGGCACUGUUUCAGCUUUUCAUCAGCUUCAUGUGAUUUCUGAGGUUUUCCCGACAACACAGGCUCUCAGAUGGUGCUUUUGUUUCCUAGGCAACAAGAGGGGAAAUUGUGAAAAUAGCAUACGGCUUGAUAAUAUCCAUCAUCAAGUGUUUAUAACUUUGUGUCUUUGCAUGUGCAGUAGUCCGUUAAAUGGUGUAGUGAACAUUGCAGCUACAGUCUGUAGUAAUUAAGGAGAUGAAUUACCACCAUAUUUCCUGUGUAUGUUCUCAUUACCUCAGAAUGAGCCCUUUAAAUCUCCAUGAGAGCAGGCAGGCCAGAGCCAUAUAAAGCCAUAUAUUUAUAUGGCUCUGAGGCAGGCUACUCCAUGGAGGUUGCCAUGCCACCAUGUCGCUACGGUAGCCCAGAAAGGACAAAUCAAAACAGCACAUUUUCCUGCAACUUGACAGCCAGUAUAGCCUAUAAUUCACACCAGCUCUGGUCGAUGGUAGUGUAGUGACUAGGGAGCUGGGAUAUGUGGUAGGCAGAGAAGUUCAAUUCCCAGCUGUCAUCUGUGAGUCAAAAGCGAAUAAAUAACAAUAAUGAUAAUAUUAAUAAUAAUAACAAUCCAUUAAUCUUUAACAAUCCAUUAAUAAUAAUGCUUGACAGAACAAUUUUUGAAGUCUGUUGAAUAGUUGAAUGUUUGUAUUUUAAACCAUUAUUGAAUGCUUGUUUUUAACAGUUCCUGUACAUGAU